CGAAAUAGCAGCUUGGUUAGGUCGCGAUUUUCAGAAAAUUCGGGUUUGUGGAUGUGUUGAGUUAAUGGCGAAUAUGAAAUACGAGUCAGCUGAGACCCUGCUGUCCAUGAAAAAUGGUGGUUAUCCAUCGGUGGACGAGAUAAAAACUGAGAUUGACGAGGAUUCGAUGGACAUUGAUCACAAUAAUUCGUUUGAGAUGGAGACUGAGGAUUCAGAGCCUGUGCCAGAGCUGGGGCCUGCUGCUCUGGGGUUGCAGAGGGUCGGGACUAAGCCACCUCCGAGGAAGCAGAAUCCUCCACAACCAGUUCAGGUUUUGAAUCGUCGUGGCAUGCCGGCGAGAAUCAGGAAGAAGAACAAAUUGUUCUUUGAUGAUAUCCUGGUUAAUCAUCCACAUCACAGAGUAAAGAAGGAGCCAGGGACGGUAGACUUGAAGCCCUCCCCCCGCAAGAUCCCACGUCCCUCCCCCCCAAAGCGUCAAACUCGUUCCUCCACCGAGCCCAAGAAAGUAAUCCCCCAGACUCCGCCACCGCCUCCACCCCCAAAAACCCCCAUCAAAGUAGAGAAAGAGCCAGAGAAGCCCCUCCCCCCAGGCUCCCCAGACCGUAAAGUGGGCCAGAAGAUAGGGAUGCGCCUUCGCAAUCUCCUGAAACUCCCCAAGGCCCACAAAUGGGUCUGCUACGAGUGGUUCUACAGCAACCUCGACAAGACCCUCUUCGAAGGUGACAACGACUUCAUGAUCUGCCUGAAGGAGUCCUUCCCCCAGCUGAAGUCCCGAAAAUUAACGAGAGUCGAGUGGUGCAAGAUCAGAAGGAUGAUGGGAAAGCCCAGGAGAUGCUCCCAGUCCUUCUUCGAGGAGGAGAGACGAGAGUUGGAGCGCAAGAGGCAGAAAAUAAGAAUGCUCCAGCAGAGGAAGACAGCUGAUGCCAACAGUUUCAAGGACUUGCCCCCAGAGAUACCUCUGCAACUGGUGAUUGGAACGAAGGUGACAGCAAGACUGAGAAAGCCCCAGGACGGUCUGUUCACUGGAAGUAUCGAUGGAGUGGACACGAGCAACAACACCUACAGAAUAACCUUCGAGAGAGCUGGUCUGGGCACCCACAGUGUACCCGACUACGAAGUACUAUCUAAUGAGCCACCAGAGACGAUCAGUGUCGCCUCAUUUGCGCAGAAAUUCCGACCCAGACACGUCCAGUACGUUCCAUCACCCCCUUACGCCCUGAAACUGCGUUCUCCAAGGCUCAACAACGAUCCCCUGAUCUCCAAUGCCUCGGUCUCAGCCCCCAAGAAGAGCCACAUUGGUGGCACAAUGAAUGGGUUUCCCCUUAAACUCCUGGAGUUCAUGGUGAAGGUCAACAAGAUUCUUGCAGCCAAGAAAAUCAAGAUCAAGAAGCUGAAGGAGAUGAACACUGAGGCUGAGAAGAGGAGAUCCUUUGGGGAGUCCCUGUCACCUGAUUUUGAGAGAAAGUACGCUUCGGUUGUGGUGGAACUCGAAAAGAUGAAUACUGCUCUGCAGGAGUUCUUGAAUGAGGUGCAGGAGCUCUGUCAGGAGAUCGCACCUGAGCCCUCGGUCGCUGCGAUGCUGGUGCCCUCGCAUUUGAGGGAGAAAUGCAGACAGGAAGCUGCUGAUAUGGUUUCCAAAAAUAAUAUUAUUAAUGAUAAGGCACCUACCAAGAUGAAUCAGUUGGUUACUGAUUUGACUGCUCUUAUGCUUCAAGUGAAGUGUUUAUCAGACUCAGAUCGCAACGCAUACGAGUUAAAAGUCCUCCAAGGAACAAUGGAUCAGCUAAGAUCACGACUGAGUCCCCAAAAUCAACAGGUGUUUCAAAAUUGCGUGGAAAUUCACAUGCAACACAUUCAGCUUGGUCUAGGCCAGACAGGAUCACUAACUCCAUUCAUGGCGCCGAAAGCCUAGCAAGAGGAGGACAACAAUCACCGAUGAAGUACUGCAGAUCAGAGAGUUCAAUUAUAUUGAUCAUUUGUAUAGAAAGAUAUCGAUUAUUAUUAUGAGGAGAAUUGUUCUUUUUAGAUUAUUGAGGCAUCACACCUUUGUACAUACAAAAUGAUGCUUUCGACACUAGCACUUGCGAUGGUAUCGUCACUGUGGACUCUCCACUUCUACUGCCAAUCAGAUUUUUUUUCCCUUUUUUUUUUCAUUCGUUUUUCGCAGAUCUUAGUGAUUAGUUGCGAAUCGUUGAUUAUGGAAUUCGAAUUUUGUUAUAUCCUUUGGAUUUAAUGAGACAUGGCAUGGAAUGCUCUAGUCUGAAUUUGGAAGAAAUGGAGGGGAUUUCUCGGGCGAGUGAAAAUGAAGGAAUAAUUUAUUGGAAUUUCAGAAAUUAUGGACUAAGUCUCGUUCAUCCUCGUUAUCAUUAGCCGCUAACACUGGCCGCUGGUUCAUUAGUCGUUAGGGUUCGACUGCUCCUUGGAAAAUUAAAUGAAGUAACGAUAUUGUAUAUGCUUAUUGUAUAAUGGAGAAACGUAAUAUUUUAUGUAAAUUUAAUAACUAUUAAAGUUUGAA